GAUGAAUGAAAAUGGCGCCUUGAAAUGGUAUAAGUAUGUGCCGUUUCGUUGCUAUUCCAUAGUUCAAACUUCAACUAAAUCAUUUCACCAUACUAUCGAAUAACCAAAUCAUAUACAAUCUAUCCACUAAGCACACAAACACCAAAACCAUGGCUCCCAGGCACUGCACCGAGCCAUGCUUCGUUCCUCCCCACCCAGACCUCCUCGCAAAGGCGAGGACGGAGUCUCUCACCUCCCAGGGAACGGUCGACCAGGCUGUCUUCAAAAAGAAGACUAGCCGACUCUUCAAUGGCGAGCGUAGAAUUCCCGGCAUGAACGAUGGCACCAUUUUCCCUCCGUCGCACUUCAAGGAGCCGACUUCCAUCAUGGCCAUGAGUACAGCUGCUGCUGAAAGGGCCCCGUUGAGAGGCAACAUUAAGGUCGCCAUCAUUCUCGCCGAGUUCCAAGACGUGAAAAUGACUCCUGGUACCAAAGAACGCUUUGAAGAGCUGUGGUUCUCUACUGGCAAGAUUCCCACGGGUUCCGUAACGGAGUACUACAAAGAGGUGUCGAAUGGGCAGGUUUCAUUGACAGGAGAGGUCGUGGGACCCUUUACGCUGAGCCAGAAUAUGGCUUACUAUGCCAAUGGCGAGUAUGGCAGAGGGUGGCCCGAGCCAAACUCACAGACUAUGGCGAAUGAGGUGCUAGACCAUGCGAUUGGGAAUAUCAACUUUGCGCCGUACGACAAUGAUGGAAAUGGCUACGUGGAUGCCUACGUCGUGGUCCACGCCGGCCGCGCGGCCGAUGAAAGUGGCAAUGUCAACGACAUUUGGAGCGUCAAAUGGAAUCUUCCAAAUGAGCGUGAUGUUGACGGUGUGAAGAUAUAUGGUUUCUUGUCCGUUGGCGAAGAGGCGAAAGUCGGCGUCUGCGCACAUGAGAUCGGUCACCUAGUAUUCGGCUGGCCUGAUCUGUACGACACAGACUACAGCUCCAGCGGAAUUGGAAUGUGGUGCUUGAUGUCCUUCGGAAGUUGGGGCGGGGGCGGAUACCGUCCUGUUCAUCCCUCGGCCUGGUGCAAGGCAAACCAAGGCUGGAUUGACACUGUGGUAGAAACCGAAAACCGCGAGAUCACUCUCAAAGAUGUAAAGUCCGGUUUUACCACUCACCGUCUCUGGACGAACGGCAACACCAGCAGCCAGGAAUACUAUCUCAUCGAGAACCGCCAACUCACCGGCUACGACGAGUCGCUUCCGGGAUCUGGUCUCCUCAUCUGGCACAUCGAUGACAAUCUGUGGGGCAAUACCGAUGAAUCCCAUCCCAAAAUCAAACUCGUACAAGCCGAUGGUGCCAAGGACCUCCAACGUGGGUGGAACCAGGGCGACAUGGGAGACGUCUACCCGGGCCUCUCCAAUAACCCUGUAUUUAGUUCGACCUCCACUCCGAACAGCAGGGCCUACUCAGGCGCAGACACGUACGUCUCCGUCACCAACAUCCCGGCCCCUUCGCCAUCCAUGACAUUCAACAUCACCGUCAAGCCCAUCGACCAGCCACCAACAGGAGACUUCGACCCCCAAACCUGGUACCGCCUCAAAAACACCUUCUCCCCGGCCACCCACUCCCUUAGCGUCAUCAACGACAACGGCGCCAAUUCCACCGGCCGCAUCGAAAUGGCCCGCGACGCCAACUUCCCCAGCCAAUUCUGGCAAAUCAAGUCCAACAACGACGGCACGUAUUUCCUGCGCACGCUCCUCCUGGGUCCCACGCGCCAACUCGAUAUCGACGGUAACGAUAAGUCUACUCCCGUGGUGGCGGAUGCGGGGUUCUUUUCGGGUCAGUUCUGGACCAUCAAGCCUUGGGGGGAUGGGACGUGGCAUUUGGAGAAUGCGUUUACGGGGCCCGAGAGGUAUUUGGAUACGAUGGAGGGAGGGCCGAGGGUGGCUAUGAAUAUGGCGAAUGUUGGGAGGCCGACGCAGAGGUGGACGAUUACGCCUAUUCGGGGUAUUACGGAGCCUGGGUUUUAGGUGAGGUGGAAGGGAGAUUGAGGCUGU